GUCGGUUCACUCAGAACAAGGUAAAGUAAAAGCAACCUUCAAGAUCCCGUAGCAGAAUCUCCUGCAGCGUUUCUAGCCAUGCCUGCGUUGCCCUCUUCGCUGAUGCUUCCUCCAGCCUCGCUGUCUUCGGACCUUUCCAGCUGGCAGGCACAAUCGGGAUUCACCGCCUUCGCCUCCACGCCAGAUCUGAUCUAUCCUCAUCCGUCCAUUCCAACACCCACCUCGCGCUCCCACAUCAUCACCACCAAUAGUUAACCCGCAACCACCUCGACACCACUCAUUGGACCGCCCCAGCUCAUUCGCCUGGAGCUGCCCCAGCAAUCGCCACCCUUGCGCACGUCGCGCAACCUCUGAGCGACGACGUCAGUCAUGGAUCCAAACAGCCUCCAAGGCCAGAAGCUCCGUCAACAGCAGCCUCCUCCACCACGCCGCUACGAUGGCAUGGACGGCAACCCGCUUUACGAUACUUCCAAUGGCGGAC